AUGGAGCAUCCCGUCCGCGAAAUCGGCGCCGUCAUCACCACCCUCACCACCGGCAGCCCGGCCGAGCAGCAGGCCAUCCUCCAUAACGUCUUCCUCUCCGACGCCUCCUUCUCCCACCCCUUCUGCCGCGUCCCGUCCUUCCCCAAGGGCACCAUCCCGCUGCUCCCCAAUGCCGACUCGCGCUCCGUCCUCCUGCAAAUCUACCGCUGGUAUCGGACGCUGAGUCCCAACAUUGACAUCACCAUUGACUCCGCCGUCUUCGACCAGCGUACCGGCCAGCUCUUCGUCUCCAUCCGCCAGACCUUCGCCAUCUGGUUCGUCCCCUUCUACAAGGCCCCCGUCCGCCUCGUCACCGUCCUCCAGCUCCGCCAGCGCCCCUCCCAGGACUCGCCCUCCCCCGAGGCCCGCGAGUCGGCCGCCCUCGCCGGCCCCGGCCAGGAGCGCACCCGCUACUUCAUCGCCAGCCAGGAGGACCUCUACACCUUCAACGACUGCGCCCAGUUCCUCCUCCCGGGGCUCGGCCCCUUUCUCUGGAACCUCUGGCAGCUCUUGAGCACCGCCCUCUGCGUCGUCGGCUCUCUCGUCUUCCUCCCGCUCUAUCUGCUCAUGAACAAGGAUGCCACGGCCAAAAAGAUCCAGUGA